CAUAACUUCACACAAGCACAUUUAUAAAAUAAAUAAUUUAUAUAAUAAUUGAGAUUUUGAAAAUGAGUUCAACUGAAUUUGAAUUUACUUCAGAAGAAGAAAUCGGUGCAUUUAAUGAUGGUGACAAAUCGAUGGAGUUACUCGGAUUUGUUGAUGCAAUUGACGGGUUAAAGGAAUUGAAAACAAGCCAGAAGCAUCUCUUCAAAUUUGUUCUUAAUAAUAAUUCUGGAGUAAGAAUGCGAGUUUUAGUUUGGGUUAUUCGUAUAACUGGUGGCACUGUGAAAAUGUCAAACCCAAAUUUUAGAGUUUCUAAAGAAAAUGUCAACUUUCUGGAAUUUCAUGUUCAAAGUUACAGUACAAUGGAGAUUUUGGGUAACUUCCUAGGACAUCGAGUUGAAUUUAAAGAAACUUUUCGUUCAAUUCUUUUUGAUGAAGUUAUGAUCAUUGAAGGAGAUGUUGAAACAGAAGGAUAUUUAAAAGUUCCUUUCGUGGAAGUUACAACUCCCAAUUCAAAGUAUGCUCAAGGGAUUAUUGUAGACGGGUUUUAUAGAUUAACGGUUCAAAUCGCUUUAUUUAUGAUAAAUGACAAAUUUGUUAAAGGAGCUCACUUACGUCUACGUGGAGAAAUGAAUAAAGAAGCUGGAUGUUUUAAAAUUAAGGACAUGGGAUGUAUUGAUUUGUUCACCAAUAAUAUAAUGGCUGAAGAUAAAUUAAAAAGCUGCAUACAUUCCGUUACUUUAGUGAGAACAAAACGUCCAAGUUCAUCUGCUUUGGAAGGAGAAAAGAAUUCAAAAAAGAAAUGCAUCGAAAAUGAAACAGAGAAUUGA